UUGCCCCCGCCGCGCUCCGAGGCCGUCGUCUCUCGGGCGGUGUCGCUAGGCCCAGGCCUCCCCCAGGCCUCCGUCGUCCGCUGCCUGCCAUGGACGACUACACAGUCCUGUCGGACUCCGAGCUGGCCGCCGUGCCGCAGUACAGCAUCCCACACGGGCCCGUCGUUGGUUCCACUCGCAAGCUCUACGAAAAGAAAAUCUUCGAGUAUGAGACCCAGAGGCGGAGGCUCUCGCCCCCGAGUUCGUCCGCGUCCUCUUUCUCCUAUCGGUUCUCGGACUUAGAUUCGGCGUCCGUGGACUCGGAUAUGUAUGAUCUGCCCAAGAAAGAGGAUGCCUUACUUUACCAGAGCAAGGGCUAUAAUGAUGACUACUAUGAGGAGAGUUACUUGACCACCAGGACUUACGGGGAACCUGAGUCUAUGGGCACAUCCAAGGGCUUCUGCCAGCCCUCAGCUUCACUCUCAGAUGCUGACCCUUUUCACCGCCAGGUGAGCUUCCUGGUCUUUGCUGCCUUCCUGCUCUUUGUUUACUACUCCAUGCAGGCCGAGGAUGGCAACCCCUUCUGGGCAGAGCCCUAAGGGUCUGGCCUCUUACCUUGGAGGCCAGCUCCUCUGGGAAGCCCUGGCUGACUGCCUUAUCAGUGUUUGUUGGGGGAGGGGGGUUGGGGCUUUUCUGUGUGUUCUAGCUUGGGGUUACCAGGACAGGGGCAAUGUUUGCUGACCCCUUCCCUGUCCUGCCAGGGAGGCAGCAGGCCUGGGCCCUCUGCAGCAUGGUGGGCCUGGGUGGGCUUGCCUCUGGAUCCUCCUGGCCCUGCUUGCCUGUCACCCUUUGGGCCUAGGAAGGCAAGACCCUUCUCCUGGAGAGGAGAACACGGUUUUGGUCAUCGCAUGCCUCCUAUUUGUCGUCACCUCAUGGGGGGAUUAACCAAAGGCCACCCUGAGUUUGUUUUCGUGGAUACAAUAAAAGACCAUUUAUUUUUAA